AUGGCUGAGCAUCGUCACGUUCAGCUCUACUCGUAUGAAGAGCUCGUGUCCAACAUUCACCGUACCGUUGGGGUCACCGUUUCGCAGCGUGAUCUUGCGCAACCAAUGGCUCAACUUGUUGAGCUGCUUUAUGUCAAGUUUUUGUACAUCAUCUUCGGCUUUGACUUUGAGGACUAUACGAGGAAUCUUCAUAAUGAGCCAGAUCCCGUGAGUUCAUCUGCAGAUAUUCUUGCCAGAAAUGGUCCUCACACUGGACGCGUCCAGCAAUAUGCAGACAGCUUUGUUGUCAAAGUGGUGCUCCGACAUUUGAAACAAAUAAUGCGACUUACAUCCGAGACGUCUUGGAUUGAAGGAAAGACGCCCAUCCCAUUGGAGAAUGUCCGCAUUUCAGAUAUUACGGAGCCUACACCUGCAAGAACAAAAGUGAUUCUUUCGACUUUGAUCAACCUGGUCAAUCUGCGUGACGGCGAAAUGGACAUCUUUGCCGAGGUCUUGGAGCGUUUCACAGCAGCAUCGAAUCAGCGAGAAACAUCUUCUAAGCAGAUAGAACGGCUCAAGGCUGAAAAUGAAGCCGCAAAAGCGGUUAUUGAUCAGAAGAACAAGGCGCUCGAAGAGGAUCUCAAGAAAAAGGAAGAAAGAGAGCAAGAGUUGGCAGAGGCCGAGAGAGCACGCAAGAAAACCAAACAAGAGCUCAAGGAGAUUAAGAACGAGAUGAAGCAAAAGAUUGAACAAAAGGAAAAUCUUGCGAAUCAAGUAUCGGAUUGGGAACGAAGAAAUCUAGACCUCCAACGACGGCUCGUCCGAAGUCCUGAUAGGGUCAAGAACGAGAUUCUUAAUAUGGGCGACGACGUUGCCCAAAAAAGAGAACAAGUGUUUAGUAGGGAGGAGAUGAAUCGCGCACAACGGGCAAAGCUCGAUGCUCUCCAGGUCAUAGAAAAGCACAUGGAGACUCUACAAGAUAAUCUCGUGACUUUGCAAGAUAUUCAACAGGAGCGGAAUAAGCAGCUUAGCGUCGUUCAAUCAAUCAGAGACCAGUUGGAGAAGCAGCGGAUCGAAUAUGAAGACGCAAUGGCAAACAAAGACAGUUGGGAAAAGAAAGGAGAAACUGCGCGACAACGUAUUACCGCCUAUGAACUCAAGAUGGCUGCUGAGAGGAGAGAUAUUGAACUCAGGACGGCCGAGGCUAAAGAGGAAUACGAGCGCGUGACAGAGGAGAGAAGUCAGACCGACCAUCGUAUAGAUGACGACCGGGCUCACGCCGUUGAAAUUCAACGAGAGAUUGACACGAUGAUUCAUGAAGCAGAGAAAAUGAUCCAGCAAACCCUCAACGACUAUUGGCGUCUGACGAAGCAGGCUGACGAGUACAUGGCGACGAUUGCCAAGCGGUUACACUUUCCAUUGCCCACAUCUUGA